UUACCGACGAACAUAAAUCGCUCGUCUUGUCCGAAGAAAUCGAUCGUCUUUCUCUCUCUAGAAGCCUCUAUCUCCGUCUCUUCUGUCGUUUCCAUUUAGAAAACCAGGGUGAUAAGAAGGAGGAGAAAGGAGAAAGAACUCGCUUCGCCCGAACGAGAUUUUGGAGAGAGAAGAUGGCGGAUCAGCUCACCGAUGACCAGAUCUCCGAGUUCAAGGAGGCCUUCAGCUUGUUCGACAAGGAUGGCGAUGGUUGUAUCACCACCAAAGAGCUUGGAACUGUCAUGAGGUCGCUGGGGCAGAAUCCUACUGAGGCAGAGCUUCAGGACAUGAUCAAUGAGGUAGAUGCUGAUGGCAACGGGACUAUCGACUUCCCGGAGUUCCUAAACCUGAUGGCUAGGAAGAUGAAAGACACCGACUCCGAAGAAGAGCUGAAAGAGGCAUUCAGAGUUUUCGACAAGGAUCAGAAUGGGUUCAUAUCUGCUGCCGAGCUCCGCCAUGUGAUGACCAAUCUUGGGGAGAAGCUCACCGACGAAGAGGUCGACGAGAUGAUUAGGGAGGCUGACGUAGAUGGAGAUGGCCAGAUAAACUAUGAGGAGUUUGUGAAGGUGAUGAUGGCCAAGAGAAGGACUAUGGAGGUUGCACAGGAGAAGGAGAAGAAGAUGAAGAUACUCUGCCUCCACGGGUUCAGAACCAGCGGCGGCUUCUUGAAGAAGCAAAUCAGUAAAUGGGAUCCUUCCAUUUUCGCUCACUUCGACAUGGAUUUCCCCGACGGGUUAUUUCCUGCAGGAGGCAAAUCCGAUAUCGAAGGCGUCUUUCCACCACCCUACUUUGAGUGGUUCCAGUUUGAAAAGGAUUUCACAGAGUACACGAACUUGGAAGAAUGUGUCAAGUAUCUGUGCGAGUACAUUACGAGCAAAGGCCCCUUCGAUGGUCUACUUGGAUUCUCUCAGGGCGCCACACUCUCGGCUCUUUUGCUGGGUUACCAGGCACAGGGGAAGGUAUUGAAGGAUCACCCACCGCUGAAGUUCUUCGUAUCUGUAUCGGGAUCGAAGUUUAGGACUCCAGAUAUAUGUGAUGUUGCCUACAAGGACCCCAUCAAGGCGAAGUCAGUCCAUUUCAUUGGAGACAAGGAUUGGCUGAAAUUGCCAUCGCAGGAUCUGGCGGCCGCAUUUGACAAUCCCCUGAUCAUCAGGCAUCCCCAAGGCCACACUGUCCCGAGGCUAGAUGAGACCGCGACCGCUCAACUGCGUGGGUGGACUGCUGAAAUUCUCCUCCAAUACAGCAGCAGGAACCUUGAAGUCGGAAAGACCGACUCCAGCGACACUCUGAAGAAGGUCCAGAAUGCAGCGACAAACGUGAAGAUCGACAAGGAGGUCGAGGAGAUCGUGGAGGCAGCGAAAGCCUGAAGAACCUGGAAGGGAAAGCAGGUUGGCCUCCUUUAUCUUUGUUCUGCGUGGAAGCCUAAUUCAGAUCACUGAUUUUCGAGGCCGUGGGAACUUCUAAAGUGAUGGUAAUGGGCAGUGUACUUCGUUCAUUAGGGUGGCAAUAAAUUUGCU